AUGCCCAAGGAACGCUCCGUCAACCCCGCGCAGGCCCAGCGCAGGGCGGAGAAGCAGAAGGAGAUUGCGAAGAACAAGAAGAACCUUCAGGGCCAGCGGAAUGAGAAGCUCGCGAGAAGGAACCCUGAGCGUCUGCAGAGGCAGAUUGAUGAGCUGAAGGAGUUGGAGGGUCGUGGAGGUCUAAGGCCGAAGGAUAAAGAGACGUUGGCACAGCUCGAGAAGGAUGUACGAGGCAUUCGAAGGGCGAGAGAUGCGAUGGGUGAUGCAGCGCCCAAGUUCCCCAUCUACGAGCGCAGAGACAAUAGAGGCGAUGCGCGACGAGAGCAGCAGGAGCGAAGACAACAUCUAGGCAAACGUCGACGAGACGAGGAAGAUGCGCAGAGCAGCGACACCGACCCCGAAGUUCGAGACAUCCCCAUGCCACGAGACACACCACCUCCCAUCCCCCGACAAGACCGCAAACCACACGACACCACCCAAGUCCCUCCCGGCGGCCAUCCCUUACCCGCGAAACCACCACCGCCCAAAGCCCCCCAACUCGUCUACACCGCCGCCCCACAACUCCGCGACCUCAAAAAAGAAGCCACAAAAUUCGUCCCGGCCGCCGUCCGCCAAAAGCAAAAACAAGCCAAAGGCCAGGGCCUACUCAUCGAGCCCGAGGAAGUGGAGAAGUUGGAGAAGGCGGGGUAUUAUGCUGCGGCGAAGGCUGGGGAGGAGGCGGCGUUGGAGGCGAGGUUUGAGCAGACGAGUGCGGAGGUUAGAGCGGAGGGAGAGGGCGGGGAUUUGGACGAGGAGUUGAGACGGUUUGAGAGGGAGAUGGGGCAGAUUUAUCCGAGUCAGGAGGAGAGGGUGGAUGUUCCGAGGCGAGUGGUGAUGGAGGAGGUGGAGGAUGAGGGGGAUUGA